UCUCUAUACUGAUGAUAUACUCCAUUUAUUGUGUGGUACUCUGUUCAUUAGGGUACAUUGAGAGCUAAUCUAGGCUCUUGAAACUGGAAUUGAGAUGCCUCUAAUCAUUUGUAGGUGCAGAAUUGGAUUCCUCUACAUUCUGUAGCCACCUGGUCUGACAUAUGCCUUACUCAUUACUAUCAAGGCAAGAGACUAAUUCAAAAGGGAGUGUGAAGAAGCAUGACCAGAUGAACCUGAGGUGCCAAGCUAUUCCAGUUCAUUAGAACACAUGCACCUAACAACAGCGUGGGAAGUUGCCCAGGUAGAUCCUGUUUUUUAAAUGAAUCUGACUCAGAGUGCCCCAUCAGUCUACUUUCUAUCAUAAAGUGAUGGAAGAUGUCAUCAACAGUGCCAUUGAGUAGCACCUGCUCAGUGACACCCAGUUUGGGUUCCUCCAGGACCAUUUAGCUCUUGACUGCUUUUUAUAGCCUAAGUUCAAUCAUGGACAUAAGCACUGAAUUGCAGAGGGGAGGUGAGAGCAACAGCCCUUUAAUCUCAAGACUGCAUUCAACUGCGUGUAGCAUCAUGGAACCCUAGCAAAACUGGAAUCGGGCAGAAUCUCCCCGGUUGGAGUCAUUCCUGGCACAUAGGUGGGUGGUUGUAGUUUUUGGAUGUCCGUUAGCUCAAGAACAUCUCUGUAGGAGUUUGUCAAGGUCAUGUCCUCAGUCCAACCACUUUCAGCUGCUUGAAUGACCUUCCCUCAUAAAAAGGUCAAAAGUGAUGUUUGCUACUGAUUGCACAAUAUUCAGCAUCAUUCACAACUCCUCCUAUUGAUGUAAUCUCUGUUCACGUGUUACAAGACCUGGACAAUAGUCAAGCCUGGACUGACAAUGGCAAGUAACAUUUGCUAGGUAUUGACCAUCUCUAAUAAGAGACAAACUAACCACUACCCUUUGACAUUCAAUGGUGUUACCAUCACUAAAUCUUCCACUAUCAAUAUGCUGGGCAUCACUAGUGACUAGAAAUGCAACUGAACUCAUUAAUAUAGUGGCUACAAGAUCAGAUCACAGCCCAGGAAUACUCCAGCGAGUAACUUGCCAUCUGAAUCCCCAAAGCCUGUCCACAAUCUACAUAGCAUGCCAGAAACGUGAUGGGAACGCACCUAUCCAGGCAAGUGGCAAGUAUUCCAAUAAGCACUCAAGAAGCUUGACACCAUCCAGGACGAAGCAGGUUGAUUGACACUGCAUCUGCUCCCUCUACCAGUGUUCAGUAGAAGUGUGUACUAUCUACAAAGCUGCAGUGUAGAAAUUCAAAGAUUUUUAGGCAGCAUAUUCCAAACCCAGUACCACUUCCAUCUGGAAGGAUGAGGACAGCAGAGGCAUAGGAAAGUUACCACCUGAGGUUUCCUCCGAGCCAAUUAUCAUCCUCACUUGAAAAUGUAUCGUCAUUUCAUCACCGUCAAAAUGUUGGUAUUCCCUCCCGUUGGACACUGUGGGUCGACCUGCAGCACUUCAAGCUCACUACCACCUCUCGAGAUGACUAUGGGCAGGCAAUAAAUGUUGGCCAACCAGUGACGCCCACGUCCGAGUGGAUUAAAAGAGAACUGGUGACGCUACAUCAGAGGUGAAACCGCUUCCCCCUAAACGUUCAAUUGUAUUGGUCUUAUCGAGUACCCCACUUCACAUCCUAGGGUCAUCGCUGGCUCGAAUAUAUGAAAUAAAAGUAUAGCAUCAAGCUCCUUGAGCCCGCGCCACCAUUCAUUAAAUUCAUGACUAAUUUGUGUUUUGAAUUCCACAGCCACUUCUCAUACCCUCUGAUUCCCUUAGCCAACAAGAAUCUAAUGACCAAGUUUUCAUGCUACUAUGACCAGGCUCCUGCCACUUCCUGCGGCAGAGAAUUGCAAAGCUGUACAACGCUGAGAAGAAAAUAAAAACGUUAAAAAGGAACCUUUAAUUUCAACAGUGCCUACAAGUUCUGGACUCUUUCGCGGGAGAAAAUACUAUUCCCACAUCUCCCUCACCAAGAUGGAACUCCUGUAAAACCUAUAUUUUAUCGAACCAUCAGAGUCCGGGGUUUCUGUAGGGAGUAACUCACCUUCUCAAAAUAUUUCUACUACUUAGAAGGCUGGAGGAGAACGCAAUGUUAUGCGCUUGCCCCAGUGUGUGGGUGAAUAGACCUACUUAUGUAGGUAACUAUGGGGCAGGAGCACAAUGAAUGGAACACAGUGUGUCCGCUGAUGGGAAUAGGGACAAUGAAUGAGGCGCUGCGUCUCCGCGGGGAUCCUUGUGCAUUGAUUGGCUGCUAUGGGGAUUAUGUCAGUUGGCCGGAGCAACCUAUCAGAGAGGCUUUUACUUCGAGGUGAAGCCGUUCGCAGGUUAUUGACAGGAUGAGGUUCAGGGUUAUCUUGGUUCGACAUGGUGAAACAAGAUACAACAAAGCAAAACUUCUUCAAGGGCAGGGUGUGGAUGAACCUUUGUCUGAGUUUGGCUCCAAGCAGGCUAAGGCUGCAGGCCAGGCUCUCAGCAAAAUCAAGUUUUCACAUGUGUUUUCAAGUGACUUACAGCGUGCUAAACAGACUGCAUCUGCUAUUCUAUCAGAAAACAUUUGUGGGCAUAAACUUCAAAUAAAUUGUGAUCCAAAGCUUCGAGAAAGAAAAUAUGGAAUUGUUGAAGGAAAACCAUUAAGUGAAUUAAGAGCAUUGGCAAAAGCUGCAGGGCAGAGAUGCCCUGCUUUUACUCCUCCAGGAGCAGAGACUGUGGACGAAGUUCAGGCUCGAGCAAAGGAGUUUUUCAAUUAUUUAUGUAAUGACCUUAUGCAACAUGCAGAAAAAGUCAACACUGUGCCAGAUUGUAUUGAUGCCGUGGCCGAAUAUUCUGAAGACUUGCACAGUUCAUUCAAACAUCUCAACAGUGCAGAUUCCAGCAGUUGUAACAUAAAUAAUAGCAUUUCGCACAAGGCUGAAGAUAUAAUAGCCACUGUACUCAUCGUCAGUCACGGUGGAUUUAUGCUACAGUGGGUUAGCUAUUUUGUCAAGGAUCUGAAAUGUCCUUUACCACUAUGUUUUGACCAGUCCAAGGCCUUUUCUGUCUGUCCAAAUGCAGGAAUAAGCAGUUUUGUUGUUACUUUUGAUCAGAUUGCCGUCUCUUCUCCUCAGAUAAUUUGUGAUUAUCUGUACGAUUGUAGCCACCUUGAAGACAUUGGUGUUUGACAGGAUGUAUUUUUAGUCUGAGCCCCCAGUGAUAAUAGUUUUUUCAGGCAUUUUAGUUGUAAAAGCAUUUGCCAACAUACAGAUUCGGUUUGGAUUAAAUCCAUAUUAACUUGUUUAGGCAAAUGCACAAUAGAGCAGAUGCUGGAAAUCUGAAUAUGCCGGCCACACUCGACAAGUCAGGCAGCACCUGUGGAGAGUGAACAAAAAUCUUUCAGAUUUGAACAUUUUUUUUUCUUAAAAAUCCUCAGACCUUGAAUUUAAAAAUAGAAAUAUAUAGCAGAUUCUCUAAGCAAGUACAAUGGCAGAAAGUGGGAUGUAGGAAAGAAUAAAAGGUAUGAGUUUUGAGAGGGAGAAUGGUGGGAAAGAUUAAAUACCUUAAGGCAUGAUUGUGCAAGACAAAAGCAAAUGGUACGGGCCAAGUAAAGAAACAAAGAAUCUAGAGGUAAUGUAACUGUGAGUAGCAGAAUUGUCAUUAGCUGCAAUUGAAAAUAAGGAUGCCUUUCCUGCUUUUCCAGACCUGAAAAAAGGUCAUCUGGAUAAAUCUUAACUUUUCCUGUCUGCACAGAUGCUUCCUGAUCUGCUUAAUAUUCCCAGCAUUUCUCUCAUUUUAGCCUUUCUUAGAUUUUUACUCUGGUGUGUUAAAAUAUUGCAGCAAAACUUUUAAUUUAUUUUCUAAAAUAAAUUAUUGGUAUUUUCUUUCAUAUUGCAUUCAUUAAAAAUAUUCUCCACUUGCUUUAAUGGCUAAAAAUAUUUUAUCACACAUUGUCAUUUAAUUUCCUGACUGAGGUAAUGUAUUCUUAAUUGUUUGUUUGAAGACUACAGCUGCUGGUUAACUCUAAUAAAUUCCACACUGUGGAAGAGUCCUAUUCAAAAAUGCUGUAGUUAUUGCGUGCAAUGUGUAAAAACUAGUAGUACAUAAUAAGACUUGAAUGCAGUGACAUUACUGAGCAUAUAAUUGAAAGACUUUAAGCACCUUGAGAAGGGCUGUCACUUCUGAUUGAAAACUUGAACAUAAAGCUGCAUCAAGCUGCUUACCUUGUGCUAUGUUAAUAUAAAAUGAAUAGAUUUGUUACAAACGAACAUUUGGUUAAACUGAGAUUGAUCAAUAAAACUUCAGAUAUUUAUGUAUGUUACAAUGGAGAGAAGAAUAAAAUACAAUGUGUCAUAUUA